UGAAGCUGGAAGCCUCCAGCAUUGUGCUUCUUUCCCCUGAUGAAUGAGCUACUGCAGGUGAAUCUGUCCUGUCCAACGCUGAACUUCUGAAAAAUGGCCACCCAAUUGGUCGGACAUCCUCAUUUCGUCACGCAGCCCGUUCCUUAGUUGCCGAUGGAUCCGAAGUAGUUCUGCUAUUCUCAGUUGCGGUUGACGGAAAAUUUUCUGCUGAUUUCCUCACUUAGUGCAGACUUAUGUGCAGGUAUAGAUGCCGCGUUAUCUUCUAAUUACUUUCUCAAGCGAAACUCCCAUCUCGUAAUUGUCUCGCUUCCGCUCAUUAUAGCCGUUGGUAUGGGUGUACCCCGGCGAUCGGCAUACACGAGGUUCGUAGACCAAUCAGACAGCGACAGCUCGCCAGGCUCCUCCAAUCCCUCCUCGCCAUUAUACCAAAGCAACCCCUACCGCUUCACAUCGGCGUACCUGCACACGCCAGAGGAAGCCAAAUCGCUCCAGACCGAAUGGAACCUCUCUCAACCGCAAUCCCCGCCCUUGCCGCACACCUUAGCUCCGGUGGACGAAGCAGAGCACGACGCGCAUGAGCUUGCGCUCGGGGUAGAACCGGCGGAAGCGCAAGCUCUUUGCGGCGAGAGACAGGAUGGCGAAGUGGGGGAGGCGGAAGGCGCGGGGGGAAGCGGGAGCGGCGGAGGAUGGGGGGAGCGGAGAGCGCAGCUGCUGCAGCUCGGCGCGGCGAGCUGGGACCGGCUGGUGCCGCGGCGGGUGCGGAGAAUCUUCGGACAGGGAACCAUGCCCCGCGCGUGGGGGUCGCAAGGGCCGAUAUUUGGACUCCUGGACCGGCAAACCACACCGGCAUCGGCCUGGGAAUGGCUAAAGGACACGUGGAAGUCUCGGCGCGUGGGGCGGCUGGAUUUCCUCCGGCACCCGCUGGUGCGGCCGGUGGUGCAGCUGCCGUCGGAGGCGUUCGUGGGGCUGCUGUUCUGGACCAGCCUCAUGGCGUUCGUGCGGAGCGUCUACUGGUUCAUGCUGGACGCGCAGGGGCUCACCUCGCACAUCCUCCUGCUCGGAUACCUGCUCGUCCCAGGUCUCGUGCUAGGCCACGAGUUCCUGCACCAGCUGCUCUCCACCAAUCCCGUGCUUCGCGCGCUGCUGGUUCUGGGCGGCGUGGUGGGCGUGGGCGGCAGCAGGGAGGGCGUCGAAACCACCAUAUGGGGGGUUGCUCUUAGCGGAGCAGGCGUCGCCAUGGUAGGGCUGUACAUAGGCGAGGGGCUCUGGCUUGCGCCCCCCGCGCGCAGGCGGAGAUUAGGGUUUGGGCUCGCGGGGGGGCUGCUGCUGCUGCAGGCGCUGCAGCUGGCGUUUGGCGGGCGGAACCCGCUGCUCGCGCGCUGGUGGGGGCUGCUGCUGCUGGCGGUGCUCCCGGGCGCAUGGGUGGCGGCGCUGCUGUUAUAUGAAGAGCUGAGGGAUUGGGAGGGGGAAGAGGAGGAGGAAGGGCGGAUGGUGGGGGGAAGCAGGGGAGGGGAGGGCGCGCAGCGGUACUGGCCGGUUGGGCGGGAGGGGCAGGGUUUGGAAGCGGCGACUGCUCUGAGUGAGGACGAGUGGAGUGUGGAAUCGGAGGGAGGGUGGCGGAUGGCGGAGUUUAACGAAGGUGCUCAUAACGGGGCGGGGCUGAAAUCAGGAGAGGGGAGUAUGGUUGCAGUGAUGGUUGUGAGGGCACAACAGGAGAUACAGCAGCAGCAGCUGCUGCUGAAAGGACAGCUGGAGCAGCAGCACGAGCAGCAGGACGAGCAGCAAGGGCAGGAAUUGGAGCAGGAGAAAGAGGUUGCACUAGGGGGGGGAAGGGCACUCCCAGCAUCAAGUGAAGCUACAGCUGCCGAAGCAACUGCUGCCCGCCCGUCCAGUGCAGUCUCGAUUUGGCUGGGAACAGCUUCCGAGCCUGACAGCCAGGCUUGGAGAAGCGUGGACGAAUCGCACGACGCCUCGUCAUCGGCCUAUGAGAAAUCGCACAAUGUGUCGGCAUCUGCGUCAGCAUCAGCAGGAGCAGGUGGGAGAGCAAAUGCGGCUGCAGGGCCUGUGUGGGUGGCUGAUAUGUUGGGGGGAUUUAUGGAGGAAGGCGAGGAGGAGGAAACCGGAGGGGAGGGGGGGACACUGGUGGUGAUUGAAGGCGAUUGUGACAGUAGCAGCGGUGAGAAUAGCGAGGUGACUGGUUGGCAUGCUACGCAGGGGUGUGAGCUCCUAGGAAAGCAGGGCGAGAAAGGGACGCCUGGGGGCGAAUGCACGUGCAAGGCAGAGGAGGGCGGACUAGUGGGGGAGAACGGUGCAAGAGGAGACGGGGAGACAAGGGGGCGGGCGGGAUAUGGCGACCAUGCAGGCACCAGGGGGCGCGAGAGUUUCGAGUCUCCUCAGACGGCAGCGACAUGUGAAGAGGCAGUGGGUGAUACGGAGCACACGAAUUUCGAGUCUUUUCAAAAGGCUGUGGGGUACGAGGUGGAGCCGGGUACCAGCGAGCAAGAGCGUCACGCCAGGAUGCCAGACGCACACGAGCUCGCAGCAUCAGCGGCAGCAGCAGCGGCAGCAGCAGGGCAAGCAGCAGAGCAGCAAGACGCGUGUGGCAGCGAGGGCUCACCUGAAUGUACCGAGGGCUUGCUUGAGCAACGGAAUGAGGGUUUGCCUGAGUGGCGGUCGCCCGUGCGCGGCGUGCUGGCAUACUUCGGGCUAGAGAUGGGGUCUGUGGAAACGUCCGAGGGCAAGCUGCGCGCCGAGUGGCGCAGCAGCCGGCAGUGGGAGACCACUGUGGAGCUCAGCGAGUGCGACUCUAUGGGGUACGGGGAGGGGGGGCAGGGAGAGGGGCAUGCGGCAGGGGAUGGGGGAGAAGGGGCAGGAGGAGAGGGAGGGGGGCGAGGGGGAGAAGGAGAAUGGGAGAUGGGAGCAGGAGAAGUAGGGAGUGGUAGAGGGUUUGGUGUUGGGCGGGUGCGCAGCAGAGAGAGGAAGUGCUAUGGCAUGUGCUCGGGUGAUGGAUGGAAGGUGGCAGCACUACCAUGGGAGGGGGCAUCGGAUGGAGCAGAUAGAGCGGAUAGAGUGGAUAGAGCGGAUAAAGCCGCCAUGGCAAGGGCAGCAGCACGAGCAGCGGCAAGAGCAGCAGCACGAGCGGAGGAGGAGAUGCUUCCCUUCAGGCAAAAACGGCUGCACUGGUCUAAGCACGGGUGCUUGCGCACGUGUCAAGCCGCCAUUGGCCACGGCAGCCUCGUCUUCCUCUCCCAUUGGCUCCUCUCCUCGCCCUACCUCAUCCCCAGGUGGCUCUCCGCCCCCCCGGCCUGGGGGUUCAUCACUGUAGUAUCCCUCGCAUUAGGCAUAGUGCUAGCUGCUGAGAUUCUACGUAUGCACAUCCCCAAGCGCGUUCAUGCCAUAGUGGCUUUAACUCUGGCUGUUUCCGGGUGCCUCUGGUUGCUUCUCUCGGGCCCGUUCCAUCCCGUGCCUGCGCUUCAGGCUCGGCCCGAGCCUGGCUCCCGGUUCUGGCUGUCGUUUUCCCAAGCCAGCGGGUACGUGUCGGACCAGCCACAUGAGCUAGUUGACCUCACCGGACCUGUCUCGGGACCUGUUGCCGUACCUGCUGCUGCUGCCACAUCAUCUCAAGUUAAUCCAUCCACCUUUUCCGAACCAGCAGCUGGUGCAGCCAGAGCAGCAGCAGCUGAAGCUUCAGGUUUCCGAGCCUAUCUUCUUGGUGCCCCACUCCUAGCCCUGGCAAUCCCGAGCCUGUGGGUUGUGCUAGCUCAAAACAUGGGCGGGGCGUACCCGGGCCUGGGAGCAGCAGGUUCAGCAAUGUGGUAUGUAAUCCUGCUGGUUUGGAGUGCAGCUCUGGUGGCUUAUGAGAAGCUCGGACCUCUUGGCUUGCUUCGGGGGAGUCUGCCGAUCCUACUCGCCGUGUCGAUGGGGGGAGUGGCUUGGGGAGUGUGGCGGGCUCCCGAGCCUAAAGGCGAGGGUCGGCGGAGCGACCUGGCGGUUCGGACGGAGUGGUGGAGGCUCGGGCGGCUCGCGUGGGGCAGCGGCGUCCCGGACCGAAUGGCACUGGGGGCUCUUCUCCUCAUCGUCGUCCUCCUCCUCCCCUUCCCCCUUCUCCUCCAACUCGCCUACGCCCCCUCCUCCUCCCCAACCUUCGUCAGCAGCUUCGGCAGCAGCAGCAGCAGCAGCAGUCUCGGCAGUGCCGAGCCUAGCUCGGAGGCCUGGGUGCAGCUUCGGGUGCUCAACUUCAACGUGCAGCAGGGGUUCAGCCGGGCAGGUUCAGUGAACAUGGAUGCCAUUGAGCACGUGAUUCGGCAGCAGAAACCGGAUGUUGUCCUGCUGCAGGAGUCGGACACCAUGCACCUGAUCCAUGGCAAUGUCGACAUGGUGCAGUACCUCGCAACAUGGCUGGGCAUGCACGCCUGGUCCGCCCCCCCCGCCCGCCACCAGUCGUGGGGCUGCGCCAUCCUCUCGCGCUUCCCCCUCCUCUCCGCCUCUGCCUCUCAGUCCCUCCCCUCCCCCCAUGGCGAACUCGCCUGCUUUCAACAUGCUAUCAUCCUGCUAGGGGCUCGUACCAUGGCUGUUUCUGGUGGUGGAGACAUGCUCCCUGGUGGUGGUUACAUGGUUGCUGGUGGUAACCAGACGAGUGCGGGUGUGCCUGGUUACCCUGUUCACAUCAUGAACGCGCAUUUCAGUGACCUUGAGGUGGAUAUCCGGCUGGAGGCUGAGCGGGCGGCAUCGCUUGUCCGUGGUGUGCUGCAGCCAGGGGGGGAGGGAAAGCAGGGUGGAGGAGGAGAGCGGGAGGGGAGAAGGACUCAAGAAGUUGGGGGAGCAGGAGAAAGGUCAGGUGAAUCAGGAGAAAGGCCAGGUGAAUCAGGAGAAAGGUCAGGUGAAGCAGCAGGAGAAACUGCAGGUGCUGCUCACAUUCCGUCCACAGGUGCUGCAGCGGUGCCAUCAGCAAAUGCUGCUGAUCUGCCAUCAACAAAUGCUGCUGACGUGCCAUCACCAAUUGUUGCUGAGGUGGCAUCAACAAACGCUGCUGACCUGGUAUCAACAAAUGCUACUGAUGUGCCGUCAACAGGUUCGGCUGAUGAUCCAUCCAGCAGCCCUUCUGUAGGGACCGAUGCACCAGCAGCGAUUGGCAUGGGCACAACUAUCACAGCAGCGGAGGGGGAUGCUGCCACAGAGGAAGCAGCUGCUGCAGCAGCAGAAGCAGAGCGAGCAGCGGGGGUGCAGGGAGACACAACAGCAGAAGCAGCGGCAGUUGCACCCGUAGGGUCAGAGGACGCAUCAAAAUCAGAGGGAGCACCAGGCUCCGAAGCAGCACCAGCGCCUUCAACAUCCAAUGGUCACUCUAUCACGUUGCCCCUCUCUCCUACUCCCACCAUGCCCACCUCUCCCCCACCAACACCCUCCCCUUCCCACUCGCUCCUCCCUGCCCCCCUCAUUUUCGGCGGGGAUUUCAACUUGGCCCCCCUCUCCCCGCCCUACCUCACCCUCCUCUCUCCCGGCCUUAUUGACACUCAAGCCGAGAAGAUGGGAGCGUGGAAGAGCAUGGGGGACAGGGACCCUGGGGCGGGAUAUGUGCUGGUGUCGAAGGGGAAUGUGGAGUGCUUGGAGUGGCGGGAGCCGAGGUAUGAUCAGAGGAAGACGUCGGAUGGGUACCCUGUGGUUGUGGAUGUGAAGAUCAACUUCCCUGGUGCCGCGUGAGCGGUGGUGCUUGUGCCAGUGAGCUGUGCCCAAAGAAGCUGUGCUCCUCUGGGCACAGCUCACGCGUGAGUGGUGCGUGAGCGGAGUGGUGCUUGUGCCCAGAGGAGCCUCGAAGCGAAGGGUGGGAGCGUUUGGUUUUUUUGAAUUCUCAAAAUCCAAACUCUGCCCAGAGGAGCCUAGAAAGGAGGGAUGGGAGCCGAGGCAUGAGCAGAGGAAAACACCGGAUGGGUACCCUGUGGUUGUUGAUCCGAAGAUCAAGUUCCCUGUUGCCGCAUAAAGGAGGACUUUUUGUGGCUUUGGACUCCAGCCAGGUGGGUUUUCUGCGGAACCUGCUGCCACCACUGCUGGCAUGAAGAUGAGGAUUUGGUUUGGGGGUUUUGGGUUGCCCUCAGUUCUUUUCAGCCUUCGGAUCCGUCAUAGUUAGUGGUGCUCGCAAUGGCUGGUCACUCCAGCGACUGCUGCUAUCAGGAGCUACUGACUGACACACGCAUCCCCCUUUCGUGGUGUCACUGUCACGUGUUGUGUCCCAAGGCACUGAGAUUGGAUUACUGACACGCACGUUUUGGGGUAGAUUUUCUCUGGUCAACAUCCUCUCGUGCCUCAUAAGGGGCAUGGGGUGUAGCUCUAGGAAUAUGGUUUACCAUCUGUGCAUAGCCUUUGAGUGUGCUUGUGUAGCUAUAAAUAUCCUCUUGAAAUGCCUAGAAAUACAUGGAGCAUGUGCAGAAGAUGACAAAAUGGAUGGCUAGAAUAAUAAAUGCCCAGUGGC